GGAGCGACUGAGGGAGAGAGAGGGGUCUGUGCUAUACCUAAGUGCUCUAAUACUGAGACGUGUGUACAUGUGCUGAGACUUACUGUAACUUAUAAUAUGGUGGUUAAAAAGUGUUAAAGUGUUUAUAAGUGGAUCAGUAUCGAAAUUAAGAGUGUGUGUUGUGAAGUGUGGAGUGUCUGGUUAUAUUUUCUCUCAGGGUAACUAAAUCCCGUAAAUCCAUAUACUAAGUGAUCAGCUAACGACUCUUGUAACUUACCCUACAGUGUAUACAAAGUGCUUACAAGUGGAACAACAUCGGAACUGUAUUCAUUGUGGAUUGAAGUGAUGAGUGUUGAGCUGUUUUUUUCCUCAACACAAUAUGAUGACUCUGACAAACUGAAUCAUUAUCACGAACACACCUAACAUAUCUUCCAUAAUCUUUCCAGUGGCGUGCAGCGUUCAGAGGCGUGUGGUGUCUCGUGCAUUAUGGAUUGGAAGUGUUGUGUUGAGUUGCACUUUCCCUGAACACAAGAUUAAGAUGCAAUCGAAUUAAUUAAUCACAAACACACCUAACAUAUCUUCCAUAAUCUUUCCAGUAGCGUGCGGUGUUCAGAAGUGAGUGGUGUUUCGUGGCGGCGAGUGUAACAUAAAACCAAAUUGGAAACCAUCGACAUCUCAUUAGAAAUGCCUAAUUUUCCUAAUUUUCAUAGUUUUUGUUCCUCUUUGUAUACACAUUAAUGCAAAUACAGUGCACCCUCGGAACUCAAACACAAUACAAGAUUAUGAAAAUGUGACGUGAUUCAUUACCACAAACAGAACUAACACUUUCUCUAUAACAUUUCCUGUGGUGUGUGGACGAAGUGUGUGAUGUAGAGGUGACGAGUGUAACAAAACCACAAGAUUAUGGCGACUUGAUUCAUUACCACAAACAAAACUAACAAUUUCUCCAUAACAUCUCCUGUGGUGUGUGGAGGAAAGUGAAUCAAAAGGGAGUGGUGUUGAGUUGACGAGUGUAACAUGAAGCCACAAAGUAAUAAAAAAAGACGAUUUGACUCAUUACCACAAACAAAACUAGCAAUUUCUUUAUAACAUUUCCUGUGGCGUCUGUAGGAACGUGAAUCAGAAGUGAGUGUUGAGGUGACAAGUGUUUUCUCUUAUCGUGACCUUAAUCUGACCUGAUCACAGAAACACAAUGAAUGACGAUUUCUUUGACGAUUUUGACAAUGGCGGGGAAGUCACAGGCGACAUCGGGGCGUUCCUGAAGCGAAGCCAAGACAUCAAGAUCAAGACAGACCCAAAGGAACACCGUGAGUAUCCUAAAGACACCCAAACCACACCGCAGGACAACAAGGAUGCGGACAGCGAUAAGGACAACCCAGCAUCCUACAGUGAAUCCUUCGAGACGGAGAAUAAGGACUCAGAAUCGACGGAAAAGGACACAGUAGGAUCGAAGGACUCAAACAGAACCUCGGAGAUCAUAACGGACGCCCAGAGAAGGCAGUCAGAAGGCUCAGAAUCAACACAGGACUCAAAAAUAGCUUCGGAAUCUCAAGAACGUGAAUCUAUAUCGGAAAAUGAGACAUAUUUAAAUAGCCAAGUCACCGCUGAACACGAAUCAAAGAAAACCACACACGACUCGGAGGAAAACGGUGAAAAACAGGACACAAUAUCCACGUCAAGUGAGAAAAUAGAUUCGAAACCUCAAUGGACUGCAAUUCGAACCCAAAGCCUGACUGAAACUGAAUCCGAAGGCGAAGAAAACGAUGAGGAAAAAGACUUGCUAAAAGAGAAGCGGAGAGAAAAGAGAAGAAGAGACAGAUGAUAAGAGAAUGGAUUGAAAGGAAGGAGAGAAAGACAC